AUGCAUCACUGUGGUCCACAGGCUCUCUUGGCCGCUGUCCGGCAACGUUAUUGGCCACUACGAGGUAGAGUAAUGGCACGGUCGGUGACAUUUCGCUGCUUCACCUGUAUUCGCUCAAGGCCACAAUUCGAGAACCCAGUAAUGGCACCCCUGCCUAAGAAUCGCGUGCAAUUUUCAAGACCAUUCACAAUAACAGGUGUUGAUUUCGCAGGACCCCUACUCAUCCGAAGUGGCAUACGUAGAAUAACAGCAAUAAAAACUUGGAUAGUAGUAUUUGUAUGUUUUGCAACCAGAGCAAUUCAUCUAGAGGCGGUAGUUUGGCUCACAAGCGACGCAUUCAUGGCAUCAUUGCGACGYUUCAUGUCCAGACGUGGGAAAUGUAAGAAGAUAUUUAGUGAUAAYGGAACAAACUUCGUAGGAGCACAAAAAGAGUURUCCAACUACAUGAAGAACACUGAAGAUCUCAUGGCACGGGARGGAGUAGAAUGGCAUUUCAAUCCACCAUCCGCCCCUCAYUUCGGUGGUUUAUGGGAAAGCGCCGUAAAGAGCGUAAAAACUCAUUUAGUUCGUGUCGUCAAGGAUACCCGGCUCAAUCUCGAAGAGCUACAAACUCUACUAUGCCAAGUCGAAGCAUGUGUCAAUUCUCGACCUAUGACUCCAUUGAAUAGUGACCCAUGUGAACCAAAUGCCCUGACACCAGCCCACUUCCUAAUGGGUGGUCCGUUACUAUUGCCAGCCGAACCCGAGAUACCACAAAAUGAAGUAGCGCACUUGAAGCGUUGGAAAUUUGUACAAGGCCUAAUGCAGAUGUUUUGGAGAAGAUGGUAUAGCGAGUAUUUGCCGCAGCUUCAAGUCAGAGGACGGUGGUUGACCUCAAAAAGGGAAAUCUCCAUAAAUGACGUGGUAAUAAUAAAAGAAGAUUGUACUCAACCGACCAAAUGGAAGUUGGGAAGAAUAAUCAAGGUACAUCCAGGAGGCGAUUUGUGUAGUGACCCUACGUACCAUGACUGGAGCUGA